AUGUUAAAUCGGAAAAUUCUUACAAUUUCUAUUUCCCGCCAAAUAACUGCUUUUGCAUUUCACCUUCUUCGUUUCAACUGUACCCACCAUUAUCAUCAUCAAUCUCCUUCGUUUUUCUCUUCAAUUCUUAAAUCUGUAAAAAAUCCCAGGAUUCUCCUUCAAUUACAUGCUCAAAUUUUCACUUCUGGCGCAACUUCUAAUCAUGUUUCUCUCUCCAACAAUUUGAUGAAUGCCUAUAUUUCUGCUGGUUUGAUUUCCAAUGCCCAGAAAUUUUUUGAUCAAAUCCCAGAAAAAAAUUUAGUAUCUUGGACGAUUUUGAUAUCUGGGUUUACGAAAAGAGGGUUUUUUGAUGAGGGUGUUGAAUUAUUUGGUAAAAUGGUGGGAAGUGGGUUAAUGCCUAAUGAGGUUACAAUUUCAAGCAUUUUACCAGCUUUUGCGAAUCUGGGUUUGGAUUUGAUGGGUAAAUCGGUUCAUUGUUUCUGGGUUCGGCGUGGAUUUGAGCAUAAUGUUGUUGUUGAGACGUCUUUAAUUGAUAUGUAUUGUCGUUUUGGGCGAAUGAGUAUUGCCCGGAAUCUGUUCGACGAAAUGCCUGUGAGAAAUGUUGUUUCAUGGAAUGUUAUAAUUACAGGGUAUGCUAAUAAUGGGAUGGGUGAUGAUGCACUGUACCUUUUUAAUGUAAUGCGAAAGAAUGGGGUUUCUUUGGAUUAUUUUACCAUCAUGAGCUUGAUAUUGGCUUGUUCAGAACCUAGUCGAGGAAGAAUAAGCAGUUCAAUUCAUGGCUUGAUUCUAAGGAUAGGAUAUAGCAAAGAGCGGCAAAUUCAAACUGCUCUUAUCGAUUUGUAUACACGUGGUAGCUUUAUUGAUGAAGCUUAUGGUGUCUUUAAUGAAAUGGUUGUUAAAGAUAUAGUUGCUUGGACUUUAAUGUUGAAAGCAUUCUCAUAUUGUCAGUGUUGGAGUAAGGCCAUUAUACUUUUAAGUGAGUUAAUGUGUGUACAUUAUAUGUCUCUUGAUUCAACUGCUCUUGUAAGCAUGAUUUCAAGCUGCAGCUCUUCAGGAGCUUUACCGCAAGGUAGACUGAUUCAUGCGCUUGUAGUCAAACGAGGGUUUAGCAAGGAUGUGUUUGUUGGCUCUGCAUUCAUUGGCAUGUAUGCAAAUUGUGGUGAUUUAGGCAGUGCGAAAAACUACUUUAGCUGGAUGGAGGAAAAGGAUAUUACGUGCUGGAAUGCUAUGAUUAGAGCUGUGGGAGUGAAUGGAAAUGGUAGUGAUGCUAUUCAUCUCCUAUGGAGAUUAGAAGGCUUGGGAUUAAAUCCAAAUGAAUCUACUUUUGUUUCUGUCUUGUCUGCUUGCAGUCAUGCUGGUAUGGUUGAUGAAGGUCUUCAAAUUUUCGAUCAUAUGGUGGAGAAAAGAGGCAUAGUUCCCAAUUCACAGCAUUAUGCUUGUCUAGUAGACUUGCUUGGACGAUCAGGACGACUAGAUGAGGCCCAUUUGGUUAUAUCUCGGAUGUCUUUGCAGCCACAUUCUGGGGUUUAUGGUGCUUUACUGAGUUCAUGUAAUGUCUAUGGUAACACUGAGGUGGGAACUGAGAUUUAUAAACAAUUACUUAAACUGGAUGUCACAGAUGUUGGUCACUUAUGCUCUGUUUCAAAUUUGUACUCCUCCAUGGGUGAUUGGGAAGGCACGGAGAUGUCUCACACAGUACGAAGAUCUAAGGGAAUAAAGAAAGACCCUGGGUAUAGUUUGAUUGAGUUAAAUUAGCAAGCUUGUGUUUCACACUUUCACUGUACUCAGUGUGAGACCAUGUCAGCCUUGUCCAUUCGUGUUCAGAUAUUUUUGCUAAUUAUGGUUGGUUACUUGGUUCAAUUUCAUAUCCCUCAUUUCAUGCCAAGACAGAAUAUCCAAAGUGUUCAGACUCUUAAGGAAAAGUAGUUCUACUCCUGGAAGAGUUGGUACAGCAGAUGGUCAAUCUCUCUCAUAUGUUUGAAAAUCAGUUUUUUUUUUUUUACUCAAAAUCCUUUUUAUAAGUAUCCUUAUCAUGAUUAUUCUGUAUCCUAGUAGUUUUGGAGAGUUCUCGAGUCUAUAUAUGUAAUAGAACUGAAAAUUUCAGAUAACGGUUAUAGGAGUGAUGGAAUGCAGUAUUGCAGUUUUGAAGUAAUUGGGAAUUUGGGAUGCAUGUACUUUGCACCCUCAUUCUCGGAUCUAUGGUGCUUUCUGAGUGCAUGUAGAACCUGGUAACUCUGAGGUGAGAGCUGAGAUUUAAUAGAAACGACUUAAGCUGUACCUUAAACACAGUUGCUUUAUUUUAAACUUGUACUCGUGCCAGAAUUUUCUUCUUUGUAAUAAUGAUUCUCUUAUUUUGUCA